AUGCAGCCCCUGCUUCUCAAGAUACCUAUAAAUAUCGUCGCUGAUUCUUUAAUUCUUGUGCCACAAACCCUAGCGGUAACCCUCCAGAUUUCGCCGGACGUGACCAUGGACGCCGACUCGCUUCUCCUCGCCGCGACCGCUCUUGCGGUGGCGAUGCUCGCCGUCGCGUGCUCAGCCCAGGGCCCGAGCGCCGCCCCCGGGAAGGCUCCGACCUCGGCUCCCUUCGCGCCGCCCCUACCCGUGUCUCCUGCCGUCUUGCCACCGUCCCUUGCCCCCACCUCCCGUGCGCCGGCCAUGGCUCCAGCAUCGAAUCCCCCGACCUCAGCUCCCUUUGCGCCACCCCUGCCCCUGUCUCCUGCCGUCUUGCCACCGUUUCUUGCCCCCACCACCCGUGCGCCGGCCGUGGCUCCAGCAUCGAAUCCCCUGACCUCCGCUCCCUUCGCGCCACCCCUGCCCCUGUCUCCUGCCGUCUUACCACCGUUCCUUUCCCCCACCUCCCCUGCGCCGGCCGUGGCUCCAGCAUCGAAUCCCCUGAACUCCGCUCCUUUCGCGCCACCCCUGCCCCUGUCUCCUGCCAUCUUGCCACCGUCCCUUCCCCCCACCUCCCGUGCGCCGGCCGUGGCUCCAGCAUCGAAUCCCCUGACCUCCGCUCCCUUCGCGCCACCCCUGCCCCUGUCUCCAUCCGUCUUGCCACCGUCCCUUCCCCCCACCUCCCGUGCGCCUGCCGUGGCUCCAGCAUCGAAUCGCCCGACCUCCGCUCCCUCCGCCGUUCCUCCUGAUCACAACCCGACAUCCCUUCCGCCUUCCACGUCCCCAGCCAAGGCCCCAUCCGCUUCCCCUCUCUUUUCUCCACCCUCUCCCCCGUCUUCCAUUCCUCCCGCCGCCCCGUCAUUCCCGAUCUCGGAGAGCCCGUCUGCUGCGCCGACCCAGCCUCCGUCUCCCGGCAAUGGCGCCUCCGCCAAGGCGGUCAGCUGGAUCGCCGUCGCCGCGAUCGCCGCCGUCGCCCUUUAG